CAUUGUGGUUGUCAAAAUAUUUGUUGAUAUUUUCUUGUCGUUUUGAAGGUUUAGGAGAAAACGAUGUCGGAAAAAAGAAGCAGAAAAUACAACAAUUUGAAGGAGUCCAAGGAAUCAAAGAGAACGAUUGUGUUGGCGAAAAAAGAGGAAAAAGACGAUGACCAUUCAGCUCACGACCAUGCAAUCAAAUCCGACCCAUCAAAACCGAAACUCUUAGUCAAACCUAAAAGUGACAAUCAACCGGUUCCCAUAACUAUUGCGACUCGUGAAGGAAGUGAAAAUUUAUCCUCGUCUCCGACGCAAAAAAAUGUCACACUAACGAAGGAACUGCUCGUCCAGGCAACCGUAGAUCCACCGGCUGAUAAAGCCCUAAAGCUACUGCAGCCGAUCGACAUCGUCACAAAUCAUUAUCAUCUGAAUACGGCGGCAUUGAGUUAUUUGAAUGACGGAAACGAUAAUUUCUUUGUGGUUGGAAUUAUCGGUGGACAGGGAUCUGGAAAGUCAACAUUCCUCAACCUAUUGUGUCCCAUCGAUAAAGAUGUCGUUGACUUGAAGCAACAUUAUUUCAACGAUAAAAACGGCACCUUCCGAACCCAGCAAAAAGACCAAAGUUCAGCCACACCGACAACGGAAGGCAUUCAAAUGUUCAUCACCGGCAAUCGUACCAUUCUGUUGGACUGUUCGCCCGUAUUGUGCAAUCCGUACAUGAAAAAGGAUGCCGUUCAGAGCGAAAUCGACGAUCUGAAAAUGUUGAUAUUUUUGUUGAGCGUCUGCCAUCUGCUGAUCGUCGUGCAGGACGAACUGGUCAAUGUGAAUUUGUUGCGCUUGCUACAGUGUGCCGAAAUGAUGAAACCCAAUUUGGACAAAGAGACAACCGACGAAUACUAUCCGAAUGUGAUGUUCAUUCAGAAUAUGGCCGAACCGCGAGAUUUCUCACUGAAUGCAAAGAGUCAAGUGGAUGCGAUGUACAAAAAGUUUUUCCAGCUUUCAAAAUUGAAAAUCUCACCUGGUAGCGUGCCGACCGGUCAGGAGAAAUCCUCGAGGAGCGUAAACUAUUUUGUUUUUCCGGAAGUUGGUGUGAAACAGACCAAGCUGUACCCUCGUGGCGACAAGGACAUAAAUUCAUUGGUUGAAGACUUUCGUCGACGCGUGUUCAUGUCACCGAAAAAACCGAUGCAAAUUCUACCCCAACCGGCACCAAUAUUUACGGAGAAAAGCUGGUCGACGCUCGUCACCAACGUUUGGGAGUCGCACAAAAGCAAUUACUUUCUACGAAAAUACGAGAAUUUCAAAGAAAAAGAAUGGAGCACCAAUCGAUAAAGGCAAAAUGUGUAAAUGAACUG